GUACCCAAAAAGAAAAACAAACGAAAAAAAAGGGAGAGAGAAAGAGAAAGAGUGAUGGAGGAUGAGUCCAGCGAGAACAGGAAACAAGCGAGGCUCACGAUUCUUGAGCUCGCAAACAUGAUAAGUGUUCCGAUGUCGCUGAACGCCGUCGUACGGCUCAACGUCGCCGACGCCAUCUGGCAGGGCGGCGCCAACAAUCCCCUUUCCGCCAUCGAGAUCCUGAAGCGAGUCCUCCCCGCCGGCAACGGCGACGCCGAGAACCUCCAGCGCGUGCUCCGCAUGCUAGCCAGCUACGGCGUCUUCAAUGAGCAUACGCCUUCCGGCGCCGGUGGAGAAAGGAAGUACUCGCUAACCGAUGUAGGCAAAACGCUUGUGACGGAUUCGGAAGGGUUAUCUUUUGCGCCGUAUGUACUGCAGCACCACCAGGAUGCGUUGAUGAGAGCAUGGCCGUUGGUGCACGAGGCAGUGCUCGAUCCUUCAAAGGAGCCCUUCGAGAGGGCCAAUGGAGAGGCAGCAUACAGUUACUACCUCAAACAAGGGGAUAUGAAUGAGCUCAUGGUCAAGGCCAUGUCUGGGGUCUCAGUGCCUUUCAUGAGGGCCAUGCUUCAGGCCUACGACGGCUUCCGCGGAGUCGAGAGGCUUGUGGAUGUUGGUGGCAGCGGCGGCGACUGCCUCCGGAUGAUCCUCCAGAAACACCCCAAUGUCAAGGAAGGCAUCAACUUUGACCUGCCUCAAGUGGUGGCCAAAGCAUCACAAAUUCCAGGUGUAACCCAUGUGGGCGGUGAUAUGUUCAAAUCCAUUCCUCAAGGUGAUGCGAUCUUCAUGAAGUGGGUGCUUACAACAUGGACAGACGAUGAGAUCAAGAAGAUAAUGCAAAACUGCUACAACUCACUCCCAGAAGGAGGGAAGCUUAUUGCCUGCGAGCCGGUGCUGCCGGAGAACUCCGACGACAGCCACCGGACAAGGGCAUUGCUUGAAGGCGACAUAUUUGUCAUGACGAUAUACAGAGCCAAAGGGAAGCACAGGACUGAAGAACAGUUCAGGCAGCUUGCAGUUUCUGUAGGCUUCCCCAGUUUCAAGGCAUUCCAUGUUGACCACUUCUACACCGUGCUUGAGUUUAAGAAAUGAAAAAGCUUAAUUGAUUCGCAGUGGUUUUUAUGGGGAGCUUGUUAGUGAUGAUUAUUCUACCAUGGAAUUCGGAUACUAUUUAUUUUGGUAAAAUUGACCUAUAUACAGUAAGCCAUCCGUAUGAAAUAUUUUUCAAACCA